AAUGGACACCAUAAAUGUGGUUACACUAGACAAUCGGUCCGAGGACCGAUAUUUUAACGGCAAGACCAACAGCAGACCAAAAUAAGUCGGUCAUGUCCAUUGCGCGUAGACUCGUAUGCUAAAUUCAGGCACUUGGAACUUGCACAUUUCUCAACGAAAACCACCAAGCGAUAUCUCAAAAGAAUAAGAAAAAAAUUCUAAGAAUUUUGAUACCAAACAAAUUGGUUUUUAUUACAUCUAAGAGAAAAUCGAGGCUCCUAAAGUUUCCCGUAGACAGAGCAUAGGAUUUGAAUCCACGGUUUGGUUUGUUUUCACGCAUAUGCUUUGUCUACGGGAAACUUCAGGAACCUCGAUUUUCUCUUAGAUGAAACAAAAACGAAUUUGUAUGGUAUCAAAAUUCUUAGAAUUUUUUUCUCAUUCUUUUGAGAUAUCGUUUGAUAGUUUUCGUUGGGAAGUGUGCAAGGUGCAAGUGUAAACAUCAGCAGGCCGAUGGCCAGCACGGAAUUGGCAGUCUGAGUACAGAUAAGUAUCUGGUUGCGCGCGGUUUAAGUGUAACCACAUUUAUGGUGUCCAUUGUAAGCUAACAAUAAGAAAUUUAUGAAUUUCAGCUCGAUAACGAACUGCUUGACCCUUUCGAACGUGUCUGCUUAUGUCUAUCGUGAAUACCACUACACUGUGACUACAGGCGGCACACUGCGCUCGGAUACCUUGACCGCGGAUUGUAAUCAAAUUGUAGUUUGGUCUGGCAGGCAGAGUCCAUUCAACAAUGGCUAUCGGCGUUAGUCUGCUUCAGGGCAACAGUUUAUCACGUUCAGACCUAAUUAUUACUUUGUCAGGGAGCUAAACUCUUGCCCAAGAGUUAAGGGAGUUUUAAUUUUUAGAGUUUUACGGCAGUUUUUUUACGAUACUGUGAUGGCGAGCUUCAAUCAUAUCAUUAUGAACAGCGUGAGUCCAGUCGUACUGCGGCUCAUUUCUCCAUCUUCGAAGACAUCGCGUUUAGAUGAAGCGAAGAAAGUUUUGACGGCUCUGCGGAAUGCUGGAGCAUCCCUGAUUUCUCUUCAAUCGCACUUGGUUACAUAUGUGGAUUUCAAGCCUGCUUUAUGCAAAAAUCCGGACGAUCGGCAGCGGUACUGCAACCUGUUGCUGUGGAUAACAGACGCCGCUGCUACGCAAGAUGGAACAGUGCCACUGCGCCAAAUUGGUGGCUGUGGGGAAAAUGGGCACGACGAGCUGGACUUCAGUGUACUGCGGAUUGAAAUCGGUCCCAGGUUGAAUUUCAAGACAAGCUUUUGUACGAAUGCAUUGUCGAUUAUGGCGGCGCUGCACUUGAACGCAGUGGAACGGAUCGAAAGAAGCAGGAUCUAUGAACUACGGUUUGACCGCCAGUUGAAGGCCGCUGCAUUCAAAGAAAUAAAAACUCAGUUUCUGGAGCAUUAUAUGGACGCGGUUCUGGAAUGCGAGUACACUGCGCCUAUCACGUCCUUCGCAGUUGAUAUUCCCCGGCAGCCGAUUAAAGAAAUUGAUGUCAUGACACAGGGGAAAGAAGCACUAAUUUCGGCUAAUAAGGAAUUAUCGCUCGGAUUCGAUGAAGACGAUUUGGAGUAUUACUUCCAACUUUUCGCAUCGAAGCUACACCGUAAUCCCACGAAUGCCGAAUGUUUGGAUCUAGCGCAGUCCAACAGUGAACACAGUCGGCAUUGGUUUUUCAACGGCCGCAUGACCAUUGAUGGCAAAGAGAUGCCACGAUCGCUGUUUCAAAUGGUCAAAGACACUCAAAAUUACAGCAACCCGAAUAAUGUCAUCAAAUUUUCGGACAACAGCAGUGCCAUAAAAGGGUUUGAAAUUCGCAAGUUUCAACCCGUCGUCGCAGGCGAGCCGGCACAGUUCAUAGCGGCGGAAGGAGAACGGCAUAUUAUCUUUACUGCAGAAACGCACAAUUUUCCAACUGCGGUGGAACCAUUCAGCGGAGCUACUACUGGAACCGGAGGUCGAAUUCGGGAUGUGCACGCUACGGGGCGUGGUGCCCAUGUCAUCGCUGGUACAGCGGGAUAUUCGUUCGGCAACUGCCAUAUUCCAGGCUUCAGCGCCGUUUGGGAAAACGAUACUGAUCAGUUCCCGGGGAAUUUUGCUCAUCCGCUCAAAGUUAUCAUAGAAGCUAGCAACGGCGCUUCUGACUACGGAAAUAAAUUUGGAGAACCGGUUAUUUGUGGAUUUGCUCGGUCAUUUGGUGCACGAAUUAAUGGCGGAGAGCGGCGCGAAUGGAUUAAACCGAUUAUGUUCAGUGGCGGCAUUGGAAGCAUCGAUGCCGAAUGGAUUACCAAGUUUAAGCCUGCAACAGGCAUGGAUGUCGUAAAGAUUGGCGGGCCAGUGUACCGGAUCGGGUUAGGCGGUGGCGCUGCGUCUUCAACCGUAGUGCAAGGAUCAAAUAAUGCAGCCGUUGACUUUAACGCUGUUCAACGUGGCGAUGCGGAGAUGGAGCAGAAGCUGAACCGAGUUAUCCGCGGUUGUAUUGAAUCCAAAGAUAAUCCUAUAGUUUCCAUACAUGACCAAGGAGCUGGCGGCAAUGCAAACGUAUUGAAAGAAAUUGUCGAGCCAGCUGGUGCGAUCAUUAGGGCAGACAGUUUCACACUGGGCGAUGAGACCGUGAGCAUCCAUGAAUUAUGGGUGGCUGAAUAUCAGGAAAGCGUUGCUGUCCUUGUACCCAAAGACCAAAUUCACGCGGUAAAACAGAUCGCGCAACGGGAACGAUGUCCGGUUGAUGUCGUUGGCGAAAUUACCGGCUCAGGAAACAUCAUACUGGAAGAUUUUGCUUCCUACGACGAAAGUGCACCGCCUUCGAUUAAGCCCAUCAAUUUACACCUGGAUUUGGUUUUGGGAAAUGUUCCAAAGAAGCAUUACGAGCUGGAAAGAAUGCCCGAAAUUCUGUCGAGAUCGGACGGAAUUCCUGUGAGCAGAAGUGAUUUCUUGGAAACCGUCAGACAAGUUCUACAGCUACCAAGCGUUGCUAGUAAACGAUAUCUGACUAACAAGGUUGACCGUUCCGUGACAGGACUUGUUGCUCAACAGCAAUGCGUCGGUCCCUUCCACACUCCUUUAGCUGACGUCGCUGUGAUUGCUCUGUCCCAUUUCGACACCGUCGGAAGUGCUACUGCUAUUGGAGAGCAACCGAUCAAAAUGCUGUUUGACGUUAAACGUGGGGCGCGGUUGACCGUCGUGGAAGCACUGACCAAUCUCAUGUUUGCUAAGAUUUCAUCCCUAAAGGAUGUGAAGUGUAGUGGAAACUGGAUGUGGCCGGCUAAACUGCCGGGCGAAGGCGCCGCGUUGUACGACGCCUGUGAAGCCAUGUGUAGCGUGAUGAGAGAUUUCGGGAUUGCCAUUGACGGUGGAAAAGAUUCGUUGAGCAUGGCUGCGAAAUGCUAUGAUGAAGUGAUCAAAGCGCCAGGCACGUUGGUAAUAUCAGCCUACGCCCCGUGCCCUGAUAUCAGAAAAAAGGUCACCCCCGAGUUCAAGGCACCAAACGGAAGAGGGGCGAUCUUAUGGGUUGACUUGAGUAACGGACAGCGUCGCCUUCAAGGUUCGGCGUUUACGCAGGUCCACAAUGCUUAUGACAUGUACGAUGAAGUUCCGGAUUUGGAAUCAGCUGAAGAUUUUGUGACGGCUUUCAAUAUCACGCAACAGUUAAUUGACGACGAACUCUUGACAGCCGGACACGAUAUUAGCGAUGGUGGCCUGAUGGUAUGCCUGCUGGAGAUGGCCAUUGCUGGGAAUGUUGUUUUCGAUGUGAAAGUCCCAGUUUCCAAAAAUUACGAAUGCGAACCGGAAAGUGUUUUGUUUUCGGAAGAAGUUGGAUGGGUGUUGGAAGCCGAUUUUUUGAAUUCCUUGCGCAUCCAGAAUGCAUUUCGAGCGGCAGGAAUUACCUGUCAGCUAGUGGGACAUACACAUGCUACUCUUACCCUCGCACGGGAUCUAAAUGGAAAAGACGUAUAUCCGCCUUUUGUCAGCUUGAACGAGCGCCUGGUCUAUGGAGCAGACCGCCGAGGAAUUGCCGGAAUACGGUUACAGUGGGAAGAGUUCAGCCAGCAGAUUGAAAUGUUACAGUGCGAUCCAGAGUGUGCCGAUGCACAGAAAGAGUGGCUGGCAACUUCCGCAUGCCCAUCGUUCCACGUUAAUUUCAUGUCGGAUUUCGACUUGAGCGAUGUUGACUUCUUCCGAAAUUUGACAUUAAUAACUCCCGCGCACCGAGUUGCCGUCAUGCGAGAAGAAGGCAGCAACGGAGACCGCGAAAUGGCCGUAGCAUUUCAUAUUGCCGGUUUCGAAGUGUGGGACGUGACCGUGCAGGAUCUACUCGAUCAGCGUAUUACUUUGGAUAUGUUCCGAGGAAUUGCUUUUGUUGGGGGUUUCAGCUAUGCUGAUGUAUUUGGAUCCGCUAAAGGAUGGGCUGCUGUGUUGGCAUCAAACGAUAUUACGCGUACACAGCUGGAGAGAUUUUUUCAGCGAUCGGAUUCGUUUAGCUUGGGUGUGUGCAACGGAUGUCAGUUGUUGGCCCUUUUAGGGAUUGUCGGCAGUACUGCUCCUGUUAAAUUUGGUAUUGAAAACGCAAAAGCCGUUCUCAAGCAUAAUCGCUCUGGACGUUUUGAAUCAAGAUUUUCUACCGUGCGAAUUGAGAACACAUCCGCCAUUAUGCUGAAAAAUAUGAUCGGGACCCAGAUUGGUGUUUGGGUUGCACAUGGAGAAGGUCGUUUUGAAGUUGAAGAGGACGUGGGGCAUCUGAGCCAGCAAGGAUGUAUCGCUGUGCGAUAUGUUGAUGAUACCGGCAGGCCAGCGGAAACGUAUCCAUGGAAUCCCAACGGAAGUCCGUUCGGCAUAGCCGGAAUGUGUUCUAUCGAUGGACGUCACUUGGCUAUGAUGCCGCAUCCUGAAAGGAGCAUCUUGACUUGGCAGUGGCCAUGGCGCCCGGACACAUAUAGCUGGCCAAAAAAUGCUAUCUUGUCGCCAUGGACCCAAAUGUUUAAAACGGCUUAUGACUGGUGUGAAUUCGACCGUUACGGUUGAAACCUGCUAAGAUGCAAUUGUUUCGCACUAUAUUUUCGAUCAGUAUUAUUCUAUUAUUUGUUUCAUAUUGCGCUAAUAUUCAAGUUCACGAUUUGUUUGAACGUUUGCGGUUCGUUAAUUGUUUCAAAGUUUUGCUUCGCUGUUGGAGCGGUGUUUAUGUUGCUAUGUAUUACUGUACUGCAUCUUUCAGAUGGCUGGUUGCCAGUGGUUGGUGUCCAAACGCAUGUUUUUUAACAUAAAAUUGAUUGUGCGCAACGAUUUCAACUUUUCUGUUUAAAUCUCGAUAUAA